CUCUGAAGCGAUGAUGUUCCCAACAACAACUCAAUACAAAAUAUUCAGCAUAAUUUCGUUGAGUUGUUUUUUUUCUUCAAAUGUGAUGAUUUAAUUUUUUCAUGAACAUUUUUCGUUUUAUUAUUUAAAAAAAAAAUCUUAAAUAUUUUCAUAUAUUUUGUGUCUUUCAUUUACAUCUUGUGUAGAAAGCCCGAGAAAAUGACAGUUCAUUUUGACAGUUUACCAAACGAAGUGAGUUGUGACUAACACCAAACGAUUAAAUUCUAGUGGGAAACAUAUGAUUGAAAUUCAUUGAAUAAAAAAUAUAUACCAUUACCAAAAUGGAAGUAGACGAUAAUGAUUCACCAACUCAAACACUGGAGCAUUUUGUGGAAUUAGCGCAGGUGGAGCGAAUGAUUGCUGAUUUAAAGACCGAUCACGACACCAAUUUUGAGAAAUCGUACGAAACAUUCAGUAAUAUUUUGAGUCGAUAUCAAGAGCAGCCACACCUCCUGAAUCCACAUUUACCAGGCCUUAUUGAGCAACUAUUGAAUUACAUCCGUACGAAAGAUGUGCCGGCAACAUUAUUCCAUGCUUCAUUCAAGUAUCUAUAUCAAUUCGCUAAAGUUCGAACGUAUAAAAUUCUGCUGAAGUUUUUGCCGCAUGAAAUAUCCGACUUGGACUUUGUCCUGAAUUCUCUUGAGCAACAAGAUGUCGCUGAAACCAAAACAUGGGAAACUCGUUACAUGCUCUUAAUAUGGUUGUCAAUAUUGGUUUUGAAUCCAUUCGAAUUGUCACGCUUCGAUGGAUUUGUCAGUAGCGGUGGAGAUGGAUCCGAAAAACCAUUGAGUAAAAUGGACCGUAUUUUCAAUUUAUGCAAAUUAAAUACCAACAAAGGUGACACAUGCUCAAAUGUCGCAGCAUUUUUGACCGCAAAAUUUUUGAUACGAAUCGACAUCAAAGACAAAUACCUACCACAAUACCUAGAAUGGAUUUGUGAAUCGAAUGAUGAAGUACAGUUUGGAAAAUUGGCCGCCAUUUCGAAUAUUCUGAAAUAUGGCAAACGGGAGGAUUUGCUGGUUCACGCUCCAAAGCUUUUGGCGUGGUUGCUUUCGUGUGAUUACAAAUCGGGGAAUGAUUUCCUAAAGAAUAAAUAUUUCGUGAAAAUCAUACAACGACUUGGAUUAGUGUUGUUGAAACCUCGACUCGCCACAUGGCGCUAUCAACGUGGCUCAAGAUCUUUGACAGCCAAAUUGGCUGCAAGCGCAAAGGAUGAUAUUGAGUUUAAGCAUGAUGAAAUUACUGCAGAGGAAAACGAAGACGAAAUAGAAGUUUCAUCUGAAAUUGAAGAAAUAAUCGAAGAGUUGCUGCAAGCAAUGCGAAACCCAAGCAGUGAUAUCAGAUGGUCCGCCGCUAAAGGUAUCGGUCGUAUUACCAAUCGUUUGCCAAAAGAGUUUGGUGACGAAGUCGUUGGUUCAGUAAUUGAAAUUUUGAACCCAUUUGAACCACAUGAAGCUUGGCAUGGAGCUUGUUUAUCUAUCGCAGAAUUGGCCAAACGUGGACUAUUGCUACCAUACCGCCUUGAAAUAAUGGUUCCUUUGCUACUUCAAGCUCUUGUGUACGAUGAACUGAACGGCUAUAUGUCGGUUGGACAGCAUAUCCGAGAUGCAGCUUGUUACAUGUGCUGGGCAUUUGCUAGAGCAUACGAACCAUCCGUUUUGAAAGAUUUUGUUAGUAAAAUUGCAACCGGUCUAUUGAUCACCACGGUAUUCGAUCGUGAGAUAAACUGUCGUCGUGCCGCGUCAGCAGCAUUUCAAGAAAGUGUGGGACGACUUCGCACAUUUCCACACGGAAUUGAUAUUCUAACCAAAGCUGACUUCUUUUCGGUUGGAUUAAGGACAAAUUCCUAUUUGGAAAUUAGUGAUUAUAUUGCACAGUAUCCCGAAUAUUCGCGGCCAUUGAUUGAUCAUCUAGUUGAUCGUAAAGUAAACCACUGGGAUGCAGCCAUUAGGGAAUUAACAUCAAAAACAUUGAACAAACUAACUGCUCGUGAACCAGAGUACAUGGCAAAUGAUGUUUUACCGAAAUUGUUUGCAAAAACAUCAUCAAUCGACAUAAAUGAACGACACGGAACGGUCUUAGCAAUCGGAGAAAUUAUCGCCAAGUUGAAAGUAUUAGAAAAUGAAAGUGAUCGCCAGAACAUGUUUAUUAAUGAUUCGUUAACCGAGCAAUUAAAUGGGCUAAUUUCGGCCUUCCAACAACGAGAUCAAUUUCGAGGCAUGAGUGGUGAAAUGAUGUUCCAAUGCUGUUGUGACUUCAUAAGAAAUUGCAGUGCAUCAAAAAUUGAGGUUUCGGCUGAGUGCAUAGACUCUUGGCAGUUGGUAAUCGAUUCAUCGUUGACUAAAAACUCGGCUCCCGUCCGUGAUGCGGCAGUUGCCGCUAUAUCAGAGCUCUGUUCAACAUAUUACGCCAAAUCAAGUUCAAUCGACAGAAACAAUCAGCUUUUGGAUAAGUAUUUGACCGCUUCGAAAGAAGAGUCGUGGGAAUUUGUACGGAUGGGAUAUGUUUCAGCGAUAGGAGUACUACCGGAUUUCAUUUUAAAAUUAAAACCGAAGGAGGUUUUGCUAGUGCUAAUUUCACAUUCACUAACUACAGCCGAUCGCCAGUUAUUCUUGCAUGAAGAGAUACAAGAUCAUAACAUUGUGGCAAAUUGGGCUGAGGCAAGAAAGGAAAGCGUAAAAGCACUUGCAAAUGUGGUCUCGUCAAUUGGAUUCAUUGAAAUAAGUGAAAUGUUUUUAAAUGAAGAUGAGAAAGCAUUAGAUACGAUAUUUCAUUGUCUAUUUCUGGCGCUAAAUGAGUACACCAUUGACAACAGGGGUGACAUCGGAGCAUGGGUUCGAGAAGCAUCGAUGAAUGCCUUGUAUAAGUUAAUUGUAACAAUGCCACACGAUUUGUUGGAUGAGGCUAAAGUACACGCAGUCGUGUGCGGGCUACUUCAGCAAGCUGUGGAAAAAAUCGAUCGAACUAGAGCAUUGGCAGGGAAACUAUUUUGUAAAAUCAUUCACAAUGAUCCACCCAUUCCUUACAUCAAACACCAUGACUUCAUCAAAACUGUGUUCCCCGAAGACUAUUCGAAUAUUUUGUGGCUUUAUGCAGCACACACUUUUCCACUGUUUUGCAAUCUAUUGCAGUUGUCAGAGUAUACUGAACGCUUGAUGAUUGGUUUAAUAGCCAGUAUUGGGCAGCUAACGGAAUCUUUGGUCAAAUAUUCAUCUGAAGCCCUUAUCGAUUUCUUGCGUCAAAAUUUGGAGCACCAAAAGAUGAUUUGUAAUGUAGUCAUCGAUAUUUUCAAUAAAAAUAUGCUGAACGAGCGUAUUUCGUGUCCAUUACUCAAUUUCUUGAAUAUUAUCAUUGGCUCUGGAAUAAUUGAUGAUAUAGUUUUGGAUCCGGCGUCAACAUUUAGCUCAGAAGUAUAUCGUUUGACAAAGCUGGAAAUUAAAGGUCACAAAAAACUAUACAAACUUGUUUCCAGUAUAAAUGUUUUCUGUCAAUUGAUACAGGUGCCUGAACUCAGUACGAAAGUGUUGAGCACGUUGUCGAUAUUCCUGGGUUUACCACAUGUGCAUGUAAGGAAAACAACUGCCACUAAGCUAUACGAAGCAUUAAUUUUGCAUGCUGAUGCUUGCGGCAUAUCCGAGGAGAAUUUAGAUGAAAUAAUGAACUGUCUGUCAGAAACUGACUGGGGUCAAUCUAUCACUGAAAUACGUCUAAUAAGAAACAAUUUAUGCACAUUGAUGAACAUAAAGCCACCAGUUACGUCAGCCGGUGCAAAAUAAAUUAAAAUAUUAUCAAUAAAUGAACCUAUCCAUUCAAAUCCAUUUGUGGAUAGCACAUUUAACCUGAAAAAUUAAUCACAUGCUUAAUGUAAUACUCGAAAAAUGCGCAUUUACGAUAAUAAUUUACGAUAAUUUUAUUUCAUUCCUCAUAAUUAUACAAUGGAUUAAUAUUUUUUAUUUGUUUAUCAAUAAAUUACAUACAAAA